AUGGACUCAUCAAGACUACCACCAGAAACACCACGCAGGCAACUGCUCAAACGAAUCCAUCGCAGAAGCUCCAUCCUUCCCUCGAUGGAUCCUUGCUCGCAUCUCGCUGCGCCAUCCGCUUCAUCAUCAACAACCUCACGCUCUUCCUCACGACGUCAACCGCUCAACCCAGACAAUGACUCACCGCUGCUAGGCAACACUGCACCCGAGAAGCACGACGAAGCCGAAGAAGAUCAUGGAUAUAGUCACGAGCAUCAAGACGAACAACACACACAGAGCUACACUCCACCCCCUGCUGCAGACACGCACACCAACCGCGUUGAAACUUGUUACGAUGGCCAACUUCAGGGAGACGAGAAUGGAGAAGAGGCAGCCUGGGCCCAAGUCGAUGAGCUCAUGGACACUGUGCAGCUCAAAAACCAACGCAUACUCGAACUCGAGAAACAAGUCUGCUCCCUCCAACGCGAUCUCCAGUCGGAAAAGGAACGUUGGAAACCUUCCAACGGGCUCACACGCGCUGCAGCUGUCAAACUCGAACGCGAGUUUCUCUCGCAGGAAAUGAUCCUCAAAGGCUUACAGAGGGAUAAUGAGGAUAAGACCUUGGAAGUGGAAUCGUUGAGACGCAAGAUCAAGGUCAUGUCUGAUUUCCUUGCUCGUCAGUAUGGUGCUGAUGAUUGGGAGGCUGUUGUCCACGCUUCUUCCGGUCUAGCUCCUCCUGUCAAGACUACAGCGCAGGAACCAAAGGCGGCAAGUGCGGACAAGGAGACUCGCAGUGCAGUCGCGAGAGCGUUGGCAGCUAGUCCACGAGCAGGUAACAGAGCCAAAUUCACCCCUGUACUCGGAAGCGAAGCGACCGGGAACCCUUUCUCACCACCAACAGCCAGUCGAACAAAAGCACUAGGUCUGGCGGCGAUCAAUAACGAUGAUGUACUGAUCCCGACUAUUGCUAGGAUGCAAACUCCUGCUUCUAGUCCCAGUAAGAUGUUUGUUUCUUCUUUUGCGCCACAACCCAGUCCGAUGGAUAAGGAUCAGUUGGACAUAGCAGAGCAAGUAGGAGGAGAGCCGUCGAAAACAGCUAUGCCAGAGCAAGGGGAAAGCAGAACAGGCGCUAAACACGGUCUGCCGGCAGGACUGGAUCCGAACAUACUGCUGGCGUCUAUCGAAAGUGUCAGGCUACUGAUUCAAGGUUUCGAGAGGAAGAACGCUAUGCGUAGGGCUCAGCUGGAAACUACGAUUGAUGAUGCUAUUCAGGCUGAACGGCGGGCGGAGAGGUUACAAGCAAGUGCCUCCACAGCGACGGCCCAAGAUCCGGCGCCCACUGCUGCUGCUGCAUAG